AUGGACGCCUCCACCCCACUUUUGAGGCACCUCAAUUGCCGCAUUCGCAUGUGUGUCCUACCCUCCCUCCAUCCCUCUCUCCCUCCAGACCAGCUCUCAGCUCACGGCAAGGAGCCGUUCCUUAUUGGCGUGUCAGGGGGAACGGCAUCGGGCAAGACAACAGUGUGUGAGCAGAUCAUUCAACAACUGCACGACCACCGGGUGGUGCUGGUGCACCAGGACUCCUUCUACCGAGGGUUGACAGAGGAGGAGCUGAAGCAUGCCAGUGACUUUAAUUUUGAUCAUCCUGACGCUUUUGACACGGAUGCGCUGCUUUCAACCAUCGUAGCUCUCAAGGAAGGCCAGUCAGUGGAGAUCCCAGUGUAUGACUUCAAGACACACCAACGGAGCACGGCCGUGAGGAAGGCCUCUGGAUACUCACCAAACCCCUCAAACCCCCCCUCUUCCCUUCCUGUCUCCCUCUUUCCCGCCUGCCUCCCCUUCUUCCCCCACCCUUACCCUCCACUGAAACACCCACAUCAGACCAACUCUGCUGACGUCAUUGUUCUCGAGGGCAUCCUAGUGUUCCACGAUGCGAGGGUGCGAGCACUGAUGAACAUGAAGAUAUUUGUGGAUACAGAUGCCGACGUGCGAUUGGCCAGGAGGAUCCGCAGGGACACGCUGGAGCGAGGGCGCGACGUGCAAGGGGUGAUUGACCAGAUCGACGUGCAAGGGGUGAUUGACCAGGUGCGUGUGAUUAUCACGAGGGAUAUUGAUCAGUACGCUCGUUUUGUCAAACCAGCCUUCGAUGAUUUCGUGCUGCCCUCAAAGAAGUUUGCUGACAUAAUCAUUCCCAGGGGAGGAGACAACCACGUGGCAGUGAACCUGAUAGUGCAGCAUAUAGGGUCGAAGCUGGGGCAGCAUGACCUGAGGAAGAUCUACAGCAACGUACACGUUAUAGAGUCAACGUUUCAGGUGCGGGGUAUGCACACCCUCAUUCGCAACAGGGACACGAAGAAGCACAACUUUGUCUUUUACGCCGACCGCCUCAUUCGCCUCCUCGUGGAGCAUGGGCUAGGCCACCUUCCUUUCACUGAAAUUCAAGUCACCACCCCGACGGGCUCAACAUAUGUGGGUAUCAACUUUAGCAAGAAGCUAUGCGGAGUGUCCAUAAUUCGCAGUGGCGAGAGCAUGGAGAAUGCGUUAAGAGCAUGCUGCAAGGGAGUGAAGAUUGGGAAGAUAUUGAUUCACAGAGAGGGGGACUAUGGCAAGCAGGGAGUGAAGAUGGACAGAACACCCAUCCACAGGGAUGGCGACUUUGGCAAGCAGCUGAUAUACGAGAAGCUCCCCCGGGACAUCGCCCAGAGGCAUGUCAUGCUGCUCGACCCUGUGCUGGCGUCAGGCCGCUCUGCCAUCAAGGCUAUCGAGCUGCUGCUGCACCGAGGGGUGCCUGAGGAGCGAAUCAUCUUCCUCAACCUCAUCUCGGCCCCGGAGGGCAUUCACAACGUGUGCCGCCGCUUCCCCCACCUCAAGAUCGUGACAUCGGAAAUCGACUCGGGGAUUAACGAGGAGUACAGAGUGGUGCCAGGAAUGGGGGAGUUUGGGGACCGGUACUUUGGUACAGAGGAGGGGGAUGCUGGGAGGGAUGAUGAGAGGGAUGGUGAUGGUGACGCUUUUGAGGCGUCUUGA